AUGGCCCUCAUUCAGGAGCGCAACCUGAAGCAUGCAGACGGCGCCAAUGAGGGGAAGCGGAUGACGGCGGCCGCGAGGAGGAAGCUGGGGUCGCUGAGCACGGCGAUCGACGAGCUGGAGGAGGCGCUGAACUCGGCGGCAUGCGGGGAGCUGAGCGAGAACGAGAGAAAUCGCCGGAGAGAUAUGAUAAUGUCCCUGAGGAGCCAGCGGGAGAAUUUGUUGCAGUCCUUGAAAAGGGAGAGCGCGAAGCAGGACAGGAAUGAGCUCCUGGGCGGAGCCAGACAGCGCCCAGGACGCGAAACAGAGCAGACGGCUGGUCUUGAGAAUGCAGGACUUCUGCAGCUGCAAAACCAGCUGAUUGAGCAACAAGACAAGGACAUGGCACAGAUAGAGGAGGCUGUGAAGGGAACAAAGCACGUUGCCCUUGCCAUGGGGGAGGAGCUCGACCUGCAGGCGCGGUUGCUGGAAGACCUGGAUGAGGAUGUGGAUGUCGUGCACAGCAGGCUGGGGGCCGUCACCCACAAGGUGAAGGCCAUAAUGAGGCAGUCUGGGGAGCGCAAGUGGUGGUGCCUCAUCGUGGGCCUCUUCAUCUUGCUCAUCAUCCUGUUGGUGAUUCUCUUCAACACAUUCAGGCCAAGGCCAAGACCCGUGCCCCACCCGAUCGGAUGA